UUUGUACCACUUUUAAAUAAAUAAAAACUAAAAUUGGUAACUGUAAACGAACUUCUCGGCUGACAUUCUCGACGUAUAUUUUGUUUUUAGCAGUCUUUUAGCGCCCUCUAGUGUUUCAAAGACGCAGCCUAGUUGAAUGGGUAGAAUAAUAGACGCAAAUUGGCGGUUUGUUUAUAACAUGAAAACACUGUGGCCAGCAGGCUUACUAAUCAAAUAUUAUGAAUCAAAGCAAGCGAACAAAACUAUGUGAACAUUUUUAAUUCCAGAUGUGAACUGCAACGAUUUUUAUAAAUGUAGCUUCCCUUUUUUUUUUCCUUUCCUUCCAUUUCCGCAGGGAAUGGUGACACCUGUGUGUACAGUAACCAACCCCCCUAAUUGAUACCGUUGCUCUGUUUUCAGCAGAGGAGGCCACAGUCUAGCAGAAACACUUUGAGCCAGGUUACAUUUUAAUUGGCUGGGAUCCCCACGGGGGAGCGCGUGGAAGUUUAGGUUCCUUACAGAGAGCUUCACAUGACCACAGACUGUCAAAGCGCUUACCUCGCUUGUCUAUCGCCUCCAUCUGUUUUCAUUGUGUGGAACAGGAUAAUUGCUCCAAAUUUGUCCGUGUUUCUUUUUCUUUUAUUUCCACCAGAGAUGCAAAACCUCACGGUGAGUAGUUGUUUUUUUGCACUAAAAGACACUGGCUUAGUUGUUUGUGAUAUCAACCAACAUCACGAACGAACGAGUGAAAGUAGUAUUAAUGUGCCUGUGCUGUCUGUCAGCCAGAUCAAUGGCGCGAGAUCAUGAACAAAAAAAUGCAGUUCCCUCCAGAGCUCAUCGGCGCCAUCCAGGAAGGGAAAAUGGAGCUGGUUUGCAGCCUGCUCAAGACGGGCGACGGCAUCAUCCGCCAGCUGGACGACUCUGAAGAUCGCCUUUGGAGGGAGGCCCUCAACCUGUCCAUCCGCCUGGGGAGCGACUGCAUCAUGGACGCCCUCCUCCAGGGGGUCAAAUUCGACUUCCGUCAGAUUCACGAGGCCCUUCUCGUUGCCGUGGACACCAACCAGCCGAGAGUGGUCAAGCUCCUGCUGGACCGCCUGGAUCAGGAAAAAGGCAACAAGAUGGACGUGCGCUCCUUCUCUCAAGCCAUCUUUGACCACUCCAUUGACAACUCGCAGUUUGCCCCCGGUGUGACCCCGCUGACCUUGGCGUGCCAGAAAGAUCUUUACGACAUCGUCACCAUGCUGACCCGAAAGGGUCACGUCAUCCCGUGGCCGCACAAGAUCUCCUGCGCCUGCCUGGAGUGCCGCAACGGGCGUCAGUACGACCUGCUCAAGUUCUCCUUGUCCCGCAUCAACACCUACCGCGGCAUCGCCAGCCGCGCUUACCUCUCCAUCACAUCCGACGAUGCCAUGCUCAGCGCUUUCAGCCUCAGCAGAGAACUCCGUAAACUUUCUCGGAAUGAACCAGAGUUCAAGCCUCAGUACCUGAGCCUGGAGGAGCUUUGUCAAGAAUUUGCCGUGGAGUUGUUGGGUAUGUGCCGCAACCAGAGCGAGGUGACCACCAUUCUCAACAGCUGCGGAGACGAGAGCCAGGAGGCUUUGGACGAGCAGGCCUUCGAGGAGGGCAUACCGAACCUGUCAAGGCUACGCCUGGCUGUCAACUACAACCAGAAGCAGUUUGUCGCCCACCCCAUCUGCCAACAAGUUCUAUCCUCAAUCUGGUGCGGCAACCUGGCAGGUUGGAGAGGUAGCAGGACUGCGUGGAAGCUCUUUGUCUCCGUCGGGAUCUUUUUCACAAUGCCCUUCCUCUGCCUCGCCUACUGGAUCGCACCAAAGUCAAAAGUGGGAAAGAUCCUAAAGACUCCCGUCAUCAAGUUCCUUCUUCAUUCCGCUUCCUAUUUGUGGUUCCUCAUCACAUUACUCGGGGAAUCCAUCACCAUGGAGAUGUACCGGGAUACGUUUGCGGCGAGGCAGCAGAACAUCUUGCACAGCUCCUUCCACAUGGUUUGGGUGGUCGGUUUCUUCUGGUAUGAGUGCAAGGAAGUGUGGAUCGAAGGUCUGAGGAGUUACUUCCUGGAUUGGUGGAACUGCUUGGACAUGGUGGUGCUCAGCAUGUACUUGGCCUCCUUCGCCUUACGUGUGCUCAUCAUGCUCAAGGGUCAUUUGUGUCUCGACACAAACAGCUCGGCGGAGGAGUGCGUCUACUUCACCCAGACGGUGCGCGACGACUGGCGUCAGGAGGACCCUCAGUUGAUUGCGGAGGUUCUGUUCGCCGUGACGAGUAUGAUGAGCUUCACAAGGCUCGCUUACAUUCUCCCGGCGCACGAGUCACUAGGAACGCUCCAGAUCUCCAUCGGCAAGAUGAUUGACGACAUGAUGAGAUUCAUGUUCAUCCUGAUGAUCAUCGGAACAGCCUUCCUAUGCGGGAUCAAUAAUGUCUACGUCCCUUAUGUCAUCUCACCGCGUCUCGGCAGGUUUAACGAGACGUUUCACUUUCUUUUCUGGACCAUGUUCGGUGUGGCCAACCAGGAAUACGUGGACAUGCCGCAGUUUGUCUUGGCCGAAGUUGUCGGACGGAUUCUGUACGGAAUCUUCACGCUUGUCAUAGUCAUUGUCUUACUCAACAUGCUUAUUGCUAUGAUCACCAACUCCUUUCAGAAAAUUGAGGACGAUGCAGAUGUGGAGUGGAAAUUUGCCAGAUCCAAGCUAUAUCUCAGUUACUUCCGAGAGGGCCUCACCAUGCCCGUCCCAUUCAACAUCAUCCCUUCCCCAAAAGCUUUGUUUUACAUAUUAAGGGGCAUCUUUAGGCGCAUCUGCUGCUGCAUGAACUGUAAUUCUGCAAAAUAUCCACCAAUAGCUUCUUUGUGUGACAAAAAGGGCUCCGAGGACAACCAGGUUCCGUACCGUCAGCAGGUGAUCAGAGCUCUGGUGCAACGAUACAUCGAAUCGGCUCGGAGGGAGUUUAAGGAGACCAAGAGGAAAGAUAUCGGUAAUCGCAUCACCGAGCUGAGCAAAGGCGUCUUGAGGAUGCACAAUGACUUGAAAAUGGUCCAUCACCACUUGGUCGAUGAAAGUCACCGUACGGCCGACGAGCUGUCGAAAGAAGGCUCGUCAUUCCUCGGCAAAUACAUCUUGGGCGCCAAAAAUAAUUUCAGAGGCUUUAACAGCCAGCUGGAUCAGAAAAGCACGUCACGUGACGUAAUGGUGCAUCACGGAGAGGAGGAGGAGGAGAAAACAAAAGGCCAAACAGAUGAAAAGGAGCGUUGCGAGGGCGAAGACACGAGCUCCAGGCUUUCGUCACACGGGGAUUUGGUCAAGAUGGAGGAAGGGCGAGUUCAGGCAGAAAAAGAGCAGAUAGACGCUAACAAAAGUGACAACGCAAAUGAGAUCGCUCCAGCUAAACAUUUCAAUAUAGAAGAAGAAAAGAAGAUACUUUCUGAAAGCCCCAAAAAAAGAAUCAGUGAAGACAAAGAAAAUAUGCGCAAUACAUUUGAAGAGAUAGAAUUACAAGAAAACAAAGUGGAGGCCGGGUGGGUGAACGGGCGACAGCGUGAGCCAGAUAUUUGCGGAAGAUGUGAUGAUGAGGGUGAAAAUUUAGAGAGCCAGACAAAAAUAGCUUCACCAUCAGGCAGCAGCAGUUCUCGGGACACGGGAUUUGGUUCUGAAGAAGGCGAGGCAUCCAUUGAUGACACAGAAAGCAAGACGCUAGCUGAGUAACAUUGUUAGUUUGAGAAAACACUUCAUUCCAGUCCACAAAGUUGUUUUCCUUCUUAGUUAAUCUUUCAGAUCCAGAAAAACCCGUUUUCACAUUCUGAAUAAAACAAGCUUUGACUCUGGCAAAUAUUUGUGUUAGUACAAUAAUUCCGCUCAGUAAAAUUAAGCAAGCUUGACGUUUCAAUUUUGUGUUUCUUGAGGGGAAAAAAAUUAUAUAGCUAGCUAUAUGAUGCAUUAUGAAUGACAAUUUUCACAACAAUUAAAAUGGAAACAAA